GUUUCCACGGAACCAGUUAGUCGCGAGGACAUCUACCGGCCAAAAACGUACUAAAAUAACGUAACCUAUUCCUGUCAAACACAAAACAACAACCCCAUUUCUGGGCAAAUUUUCCUCUGAAGCGUCGUUUGUGUCCACCUUGCCCUUUAACGUUUCGUGUUUUUUAGUUUAGCGCCAUGCUUUAGCCCAAUUUGGUGCAAUGAAGUCCAUGAGGUGCUGCAUUCCGAACUGUUCUCUGCUCUCCAACCAGACAAACCUGAAGCAUGUAGCCUUCUACGGAAUCAAGCCAAUGUGGCACAAACUCAUAAUCGAGUACAUUACCAAACCCGGAAACAAGCAGACAUGGAAACUGCGUUCGAACGUGAUUUGUGGAAAACACUAUCGGUUGUGUGGCAUCAAGGACAUGACUGCAAGCACUGUAUUUUUUUUCCCGAGGUUGAGAAUAUCAGUUAGCCAUUAUUCGCGUAAACCUUUGAAUUUCAAGUCGCUGUAUAGCAGCGAAGACAUAAUUGUGGAUCACGAGGAAAUUUUUCCGCCGGUGAUGGAAGUGAACAUGAUUGACUUGAGCAAGCAGAAGAAGUUGAUGGCGCCGAAGAGGCCGACGAAGCAUGUGGAUCACAACUAUGCGGUGAAUUUGGAAUACAUACAAUUUUUGAAGGAUGAGUAUGAAAUGUGUAUCGAGGAACGGGAGACGGAUAGCAAGAAAACACUAAAAAUAAUCGAAAACUGUAGAGCCGAGAUCCAGCGCCUCAAGGUUAUCAAUCACGAUCUGCUGAAGACGAACAUGAGUCAAGAAACGUUGGCCUACCCUUUGCGACUUAUCCCCGACAAUGAACAACUCCUCAAGUUUUACACCGGUUUUUCCAAACGAGACGACUUUCAAAAAUUCGUGGAAAUGUUGGAGCCGGAGUACUUUAAAGUUCGAAAACGGGAAGCCGGAGAAGUGCGCAAACAACACCUCGGGAUGGUGCCUCAACUAGUUCUAGUUUUAAGUAGACUACGAUUAGGUUUAAUGCACAACGACUUAGCGUAUCGCUUCAAUAUAUCCCUCACCACGGUUCUCAAAAUCUGGAUGUUCUGGAUCAAACUCCUCACCGACGUCCUAGUCACCAACUGCGAGUUCAACUACGACAAAAACACCCACAAAGUCAUUGUGGAGUGCUACGAAACCUUUUUCGAAACUUCCAAAGACAAUAAAACUAAAGCGGAAAAAACGUACGGUCGGGCGAGGGCUCUGAUCGAACUAAACUCGAACGGGCUCGUCAUCAAAGCGUCGGAUUUGUUUGCGUCGUACGUCACCAACGAGCAAAUCAUCAAGAGUUGGAGCGAAACCAAAGUGGACAAACCGAACAACGGAAACUCGACGAAACAAGAACCAGUGGGAAAACCGAGCCACUUCAGUGAUUUACAAACGCACGUGCAAAAAAUACUGGGGUUUGUUAAAGGGUUUAAAAUUUUGAAGGGUACUUUCCCCAAUUCUGUCACCAGCGUUAAGCAGCUGAACGUUUUCUGGAAAAUAUGCUGCUUUUUGGUGAAUUACACGUGUCCGGAGCUGAUGGACUCCACGAAAAGGGUGAAAUAGGGUUGGUUUUGAAGUUGAGUUUGUAGUUAUAGUUGGCUAAAAUAAAAAGUCCCUAAUGUUGUUUCA